AGCAAACCUCUCCGACUACCGCGAACGUAUGCUUUUUGACCUAUGAAGGAUCCGUAAAAUCUCGCGAUACUCCCCUCUCGCAGGAAAGCUGUCAUGGCUGCGCCUAUAUAGACCACGGGGUUCUGACCUCAGCGGUUCACUUGUCCCAGUCCAUAUUCUUAAAGUCCGGGUUUGCUGUUGCUAAAUCUUCAUGAUAAAAAGGAUCCGUCAACGUUAAAACUUUUUCAUUGAAGGCAUCUCCAAAGCAAUGGAGAACAACGGCAUUUCUUCUCUUUCACUCCUUCUUGAAGUGAUAUUGCAUCAGAGACUACUUUAAAGUGAUUUGAAAGUGUUUGAGUGGAUAGCGCAAUGAAUAACAGAGCAGGUGUCAUUUUUUGGAACCUCAGACAAUUCAGUACUUUAGUUCCUACAAGCAGAACGAUAAGGCUGUAUCCUUUGGGAUUUUCCAGACCAAAAGUUGUUUAUUCAAACUGGAACCCAAGAAACCUUCUUUUAAGUGACUUUGGUAAUGGAGUGCAGUCAUCUGCUAGACAUCUGUUUCAGGAUGCCUUAAUUUUUAAAUCAGGAGAUAAUUUUCAAACAAAGGGGAUAGGCACUGAAACAGUCCUUACAGUCAACAGAACGCUUUGUCCUAGAAGACUGUCAUUUGAUUCAAAACACUCUCUUGACUCUGAUAAUGCACUGAAGAAGGCAGCAUUUCAUCAUAAGGCCUCCAGUGAAGAUGUGCUCACCAAGGAAACAAAACCAACCCCUGUCAACAAUAAAAAGCUGACUGAGGAGUGUAGUUCUUUGAGUGAUGUGUUAGAUAAGUUUUCAGAACAACCUACAUUUCCCAGUAGUAACUAUUUUUCAGCAAUGUGGAUAAUUGCUAAACGGAUGUCUGAUGACCAGAAGCGUGUUGAAAAGCAACUAAUGUUUAACCACCCUGCAUUUAAUCAGCUGUGUGAACAAAUGAUGAGAGAAUCCAAGAUCAUGCACUAUGACCACCUGUUGUUCAGUCUUCAUGCUAUGGUGAAGCUUGGAAUUCCUCAGAACACUCUGCUGAUACAGACUUUGCUGAGGGUGGUCCAGGAACGUAUCAAUGAGUGUGAUGAGAAAUGUCUUUCAGUCUUGUCAGCUAUUUUAGAGGCAAUGGAGCCAUGUAAGAAUGUGGACGUUCUUCGAGCAGGAUUGCGGAUACUAGCUGAUCAGCGAGUCUGGAAAAUAGAACGUGUCUUUACAUUACAAGCUCUGAUAAGAUGUGUUGGAAAAGAUGCACCAAUUGCUCUUAAAAGGAAACUGGAGAUGAAAGCCUUGAGAGAAUUAGACAAAUUUUCUGAUUUGAAUAGCCAGCACAUGUUUGAGGCAUUAGCUGCCAUGAAUCACCGCUCUGUUGUUCUCUUGGAUGAAUGCAGUAAGAUGGUCCUAGGUAAUAUCCAUGGGUGUCCUUUUAAAGUACUCAUCAACAUAUUGCAGUCUUGCAGAGACCUCCGUUACCAUAAUUUAGAUCUUUUUAAGGGAAUAGCAGAUUAUGUGGCUACGACUAUUGACAUCUGGAAGUUAAAGCAAGUUAUCUUUCUCCUCAUUUUAUUUGAAAACCUUGGCUUUCGACAUACUGAUCUGAUGGACGUGUUCAUGAAGAAAGUGAUAGCUGAUCCUGCCUCUCUAAACAUGAAAAGCAUUAUCUGUAUUCUUCAUGUGUAUUCUUCUCUCAAUCACUUCUACAAAUGCCAGACCUCAGAGUUCCAAGAAGUUAUGGUUAAUUCUCUGACCGGUUAUCUUCACAACAUCUCUUCUGAAAAUCUACUGAAUGCUGUGUGUUCAUUUUGCUUGAUGAACCAUUUCCCCAUGGCCCUUAUUAAUCCACUUCUCCAAAAGGAUGUCAUCAAGGAGCUGCUGAUACCAGGUGAUGAGAGCAAUGCUCACAAGCUUCGUAUUUUGGCUGCUUGCCUAAAACUGGAUAUUCCAUGUCACAAGGCCAUAGACUUCGACCUGCCACCACGGUCAUCCACGAAAUAUCAAAAUGUGAAGGUGGCAGACGCACUAAGUAGCCUUCUGGGAGAAGAAUACUUCUCAAAAGACAUACAGUUGCCACAUAAUUAUCAUAUCGAUUUUGAAGUCAGAAUGGAUAUUAACAGGAGUCAAGUGCUUCCAUUUUCCGACGCAGUAACUUCUGCUGCAGAUAUUCAAAGAGUAGCUGUACUGUGUGUUCCUAGAUCUGCUUACUGUUUGGAUUUAGCCCAUCCCAGAGGAUUCCUUGCUAUGAAAUUGCGACAUUUGAAAAUAAUGGGUUUUCACGUAAUCUUGGUCUAUAAUUGGGAGGUGGAAAGGCUGGAGAAGAAGGAUGUACUCACAUUUUUGAAGACCAAACUCUACUCAACUGAAGCUUUUCUUACUGCUGAUAUAAAUCUGCAAAGCACGUGUUAAAGUCAAAGCAGCCUUUUCAUAUUAGCAGACAUAAGUUUGUAAAAGAAUUUUAAUAAAGACUACAAUUCAGUUGUCAA